AUAUGUAUUGGCUACGAGAGAGGGGUGAGUGAGGCGCGUCUGUCUUUGUGAUAGGCCGUUGGUUGAUGGUGGAAAAGAGAAAGAAAGCCCCAGAUGGUGUCAUGCAGCAACGCUUGUUGCUUUCUGGCCGCAGCGAAUUGCAGCCCGCGGCCACAUGCAAGUCGUAGGCCAGAAAGUGCAGUCAAGCUCUCCGUCGGCGAUAUGCGAUAUCAGUAUGUGAUGCGAUGCGAUACAGUAUGCAUCUGGAUGGAUACCCCUGGGGCGGCACUGGUAUCAAUACCUUGUAGCGACUGCUGUCAUGGCGGGGCAGGACAUCAAAUGCAAGUAGAUAUACCGGGCCAUCUUUGUCUGAGCUUGAGAUACCUGUAUACCCCGUGGAGGCUCGUGAUGCGGACAACAUUGCUCUGCCGCGUCGCACAUACAGGUCCAUGUAUGGAGUACAUGCGUCCUCACAUGCCUCUGAAGCAAGGAGCUUACGAGCAUGUAAGGAUCAGGUAUGUCCUCCGUGUUCGUGCGGUGGCCUUUGCUCCGUAUAUCGGUAAUCCUGCAGCUUCUCUGCUCUCUUCAGGUCCAACAUGCAGACAGCGCUCUGCCGUCUCGUAUGUAUGUACAAGCAAUGGCCCAUGCUGGGUCUCUUCCAAAGCGGGGGGGAUCCAAAGAGCGAAACUUCGUUGCGGGUCAGUCUGUUGACAUCUGUAGAUGGUCGCUCUGGGCGACAGGAGGGGCCAAGUCCAUUGUUUGCGUUUCGCCUUUCUUCAGCCUGUUUUGCUUUACUCGCUAUUACAUACAUGUAGUAUAUGCCCCUCUAUGGUCCCCUUGAUGGCCUCCCCGCAGUCGG